AUGGCCUUUGACUCUAGUGCCAAUGAUUAUUAUCCUCAAGAGCCUGCAGAUAUAGCUCUUUUGCAUCAGCUGCACAAUGCUCAACUCAGACAGUCCUGCUCCACCAUUCCCUGGCCUCUGGAUUUCACUUACAAUUUUCAGGAAAGAUUCUUGGCAUUUUCUCCAGAGCAGCACCCAAUUGUUCUACAGAUUGGUGGGAGCAAUUUGGAGAACCUAGCAAAGGCAGCUGAACUUGCAAAUGCUUACUCUUUUGAUGAAAUUAAUCUAAACUGUGGAUGCCCUAGCGGAAAAGUUGCAGGUCAUGGUUGCUUUGGUGCGCGUCUAAUGUUGGACCCAAAGUUCGUUGCAGAUGCUAUGUCAGCCAUUGCUGCCAAUUGUGGUGUUCCAGUCAGUGUGAAGUGCAGAAUAGGAGUAGAUGAUCGUGAUUCUUAUGAUGAACUCUGUGACUUUGUCUAUACAGUUGUUUCUAACUCGCCAACUAGACAUUUUAUUAUACAUGCACGGAAGGCAUUGCUUAGUGGCCUCAGCCCUGCUGAAAAUCGGAAGGUUCCUCCUCUAAAGUAUGUCUAUACAAAUGGUAGUUGUUUUAAUUUAAGCAUGGCUCACAUCUUGUUUGGGAGGAUAUUACCACAUUCUUUAUGAUUGUGAACUACUGGUGGCAUUGAUUAUGUUUGCUGCAUUGGUAAUGCUUACUAAUGAGAUACCUACCCAUUAUGAAGCAUAAUGUAUGCUCACAAAGCAUGACUGAGUCUUCAGC